AUGUGCAGCGGGUCACCAGUCAAUUGCGACAGCGCGCUCUGUUAUCACCAUCAUUUUACUUCCAGCAUUGGCUGUAGGUUUGAAACUGAGGACGAUGAGCGUGUUGUGUUCUGCGUAUGUCUGCAUCAACGCGCCUCACUUAUUGAUUACGGUCUUACAGGCGGCGUUGCCGAUCUGACGCGAACAUUGGACGUGCGAGCGACUCGAGCCUCUAUCCGCGACACUUGCAACACACGAGUACGCUAUCGCACCGCAUCUUUGAUGGCCCGUGGCAACUACAAUCCCUUAAAAUUUCCGAUCAAUUCAACCGUGUCGCCUCUCUGGCCCACUGCGCUCGACUCGCCCAAACAACACGCUAGCCCCUCUCCCCGUUGCGAACCAACACCGGCGCUCGCGAAACCCCUAUCUACAUGCCGUUUCCUCAAAAAUGGACCGAACUGCUGCUCGCUGCGGAUGUGUGGGUGA